AUGCUUAGACCAGCCCUUCGCUGUCAGCAAAGAGUACGGAGUGCGGGCGUUAAAACGGAGAGAAGCUAUCGGAGCGCUUACUUUGUCUGGAGUAUAUGGAGUCGACGGGAAGGGUUUAUGUUCGGUUGUAGCGAUGCGAUGGGGCAGCAAGGUGGACCAAGCGACACUCCCUCCUUGCAUUGCCUGCAGGUCGAUUUGCUGGCUGCCCUGAAAAAUCAGUAUAACUAUGCACAUUUACUGGUCAGAAAGGAUGCCAGUGGAGUCAACGGCCAGCGAAGGGCCAGAACGAACAGCGUCUGGCUUGCUUGGGUGUGGGCUUGGGGGGAAAAAGGUGAGGGAAAGAAAGGUCACGGGGUUCGCCGUAUGUACGACUACCGAAAAAAAGGAAAACGACGUCUCAUCCAUCAAGAAUCACCAUAG